AUUCUAUAUAAAAUCGUUGAAUGCUCAGAAUUUGGUUUUCUUCGAUUAUAUUCUUUUCACUUUUUAUUCCAAAUUAAAACUUGAAAAGUAACAAAAGAGAGAAACCUUGAAAAUGAGUUUAACCGUUCCAGAUAUUUACAGAAAAAGGUCAGGUUCAAUGACAGGAAGUGAUAAUGAAGCAAGAACCCCUUCGCCGAGAAGAAAGUCAACGGAUCAAACUGCUUUUAAAUGGGUCGGUAGAAUCGACAGCAUGGAAAAAGAAAAGAAAAAAAUUAUCCUCGAGUGAGUAGUAGCAUUCGUAGAUGAGAAACUAAAUGAACAAUUAACAAAGGGCAAUUCAGGGAUAGGGAAUUGGACAAAAGGGGAAAGAGAGUGAAAUUUAGUAAAGAAUUUGUAUAUAGUCUCAAUGCGCAGAUAUUAUUAUAGAUAGGCAAUUCCCUCUAUCUCUCUGACUUGACUUUUCGAUUUGUUUAAUUCAAUUACGAAUUUAAUCUUUUACGUGACAAGCGUCUACUCUAUACUAAACGUUUGUACAUAAAUUCAGUAAAACCGAGGUAAUGGAUGCGUGGAGUGACUUUGACAAGAAUAAUGACGGCGUAGUGAGUAUUGAAGAAGCAUUUUCCGUUCUCUCAACGUUGUUUGGAUUUUCAAAAGCGAAAAUUCGAAAAUUAUUGAGGUCUUGCGACAAAGAUAGAGAUGGCUCACUAAAUUACAGUGAAUUUACACGCUUCUAUGCGAAAAUAAAAGAAGAGAGGAUAUAUACCCAGGAAAUAUUCGCCCAAAUCGACACGAACCAUGAUGGUUUCGUGACAAAGGAGGAAAUCCAAGUUGGUCUAAGACAUAUGGCACUAUCCGAAGAUGAUGUUUCUCGUAUUAUGUCGGCAUUCGAUAUGGAUCAAAAUGGAAUUUUAGAAUUUAAUGAAUUUGCGCGAUUCUGGCAAUCAUAAGAAACGAAGAGUUUACCCCUGAUUGUUAAUCUAAUUAAGUUCGAGUUUCUCGCGUACUACUUAAAACAAUCAGCGGGAGCCAUUAUUUUCCGUCUUAUAUACAAUACAUAGUAUAUAUAAAUACUAAUAUAUAUAUAUAUAUAUAUCCUGUAUAUACAGUAUGUCAACUGUCCUAAUGUAAGAAGAAUGUAUCGCUUGAAGAAAUAAAAAAAAUGCAUUUUUAAAUUAUAUUAUCUUCUUUUUCCUUCUUUUUCUCUUCUCUUCAAAUGUUUUCUAUCUACUCUAAAC